AUGCCUCUUCUCUUCCCUUCCCAAGACACCCUCCACGAUGCUUUCCAUCCCGCUGUCCCCUUUGGCCGCAGACCUGCUUUUCCAAAAACUCUUCCUCCCGAGCGAACUCUUGUAAAAGCAGUAGAGGCUCGUGCUGAGCUUUACCCUGCAUGGAGUGCGAUCGAUGAUGCGAAGGACAAGGCCAAAGCUUUGAGUGCUGAAGCUACAAAAGAGUUCGAGAAAGCUUCUGCUAAGGCGCAGGCCAAGGCAGGUCAUAUCGAGUUGUACUCCGCCAAGUACUAUGCCGCAUGCACGUUCGGUGGAUUGAUGGCUUGCGGCCUCACGCAUACGGCUGUCACACCACUUGAUCUGGUGAAGUGCCGCCGACAAGUUAGUUCGAAGAUGUACACUGGCAACUUCCAAGCCUGGGGUAAGAUUGGUCGUGCAGAAGGAUUCCGUGGUAUCUUCACUGGUUGGAGCCCAACCUUUUUCGGUUAUUCGGCUCAAGGUGCCUUCAAAUACGGUGGAUAUGAGUACUUCAAAAAGUUCUACGGAGAUCUUGCCGGUCCUGAGAACGCGUCCAAGUACAAGGCCGCUCUAUAUCUCGCAGCAAGUGCUUCGGCCGAGUUCAUUGCGGAUGUAGCUCUUUGCCCAUUCGAAGCCGUCAAGGUCAGAAUGCAGACGACUGUUCCGCCAUUUGCGACUGGUACUUUCCACGGAAUCAGUACUAUCACGAGCAAGGAAGGUUUCGGUGGACUGUACAAGGGGCUCUACCCUCUCUGGGGACGUCAAAUACCGUACACCAUGAUGAAGUUCGCUUCUUUCGAAACGAUUGUCGAGAUGAUCUACGAGCGCCUUCCGGGUCAAAAGUCUGACUACAGUAAAGCUGCUCAAACUGGUGUUUCUUUCACUGGUGGUUAUCUUGCUGGUAUUCUUUGUGCUAUUGUCUCUCAUCCUGCCGAUGUUAUGGUGUCCAAACUCAAUGCUAAUCGCCAAUCCGGUGAAGCUUUCGGUGCUGCCAUGGGCCGAAUCUACAAGGACAUCGGAUUUGGUGGUUUAUGGAAUGGUCUUCCAGUGCGUAUUGUUAUGAUUGGCACAUUGACAGGUCUUCAAUGGAUGAUUUACGAUUAUUUCAAAAUCUUCAUGGGCCUCCCUACGACCGGGUCUGCACCACCCGCCAAGAAGAAAUAG